GUACGACGAAUCAACCUCCUCCUGGGAGGACAUCAGCCCGUACAAAGGCUUCAUCGAGGACGUGGGAAACGUGGACUUCUGCUCACUCACCUUCGACCGCACGGGAUCCCCGGUCAUGGCGUACAAUCACAUCCGCCGGGCCAGCGACAGGGUGGCGCAAUGGAGGGACAGGGGCAUAUCCUUCGUAAAGUACAACGAAAUGGAGGAGCGCUGGGAUGACGUCUUCACCCUGACGAAGGAUGACCUCACAGGGCUCCCCGGCGAUCUCUACGAGGGCUGGUCGGAUGGCUUCAGGUUCACCCUCGACCACCAAAAUAACAUUUACUUCUACUUCAAGACCUUCCACUUCGGGGAGGUCACGUGGCCCGACUACGAGCUGUAUGCCAAGCUGUGGAUCCUGGCCUUCAACUCCGAUCCCUUCGACGGGAGCUAUCAGUUCUUCAGCCACCCCUUUGACCGCCUUCUUGGGGCACUGCAAUGGUCGCACGAGCUGGUCGGCAGCGAGGCCGACUGGACGCAGGUGCACUUCACCUUCGAUCCAAGCGGCAUACCGUACGUCGCAUUCCUGGAGCAGAGCCGCUACCGCAUGACGGAUUUCUACUACACGGACAACGUGUACUUCUACAAUGCUGUGCCGGCAGUUUGGAAGUACAGUUCUUGGGACUAG